CCAUGUUGGCAGUGCCAAGCUUGAUAAGAUAAGCCGAAGCCCCUGCCUCCGCAUCAAGGCUAGCGCCUGUCUGUUAGCGUUUGCGACUGACUUUUUCAAAUGUUCUUCUGCCUCGCCUCCGACGUCUCUUCCAACACAUCUCUCUCACCCCAACACAUAUCCCUCAACCGACGUGUCAAGUCACACGCCUCACACUCUCUCUUACAGCACGUCUCUCGCGCUGUACUCAUUCAAACAGGCACUCGCUCAGUCACCAGCCUGCACCUGACACAAGCAACGCUCCUUAACGACCCACUCCUUUCUUCUCGAUAACAUGUCGUACGGAGGUGGCAGCUACGGCGGCGGCGGC